AUGAAUCGCAGCAGCACGGAGGCCGUGGGCCCCUAUAUAUGCAGUGAACGCCAGCCUGUCUACAGCAGCAGCAGCAGCAGCAGCAGCAGCAGCAGCAGCGGGCUGCAGCACGGGUCGUUGCCUCAGCACAGGCGCAUGCCGCGCUCUAUAUACUCGCAGCAGCAGCAGCAGCAGCAGCAUGAGGAUUUGCUGCUGCAGCAGCAGCAUCUGUAUGACGGCUGUCUCCCCAGCAAGCGCAGCAGCAGAACGACAGAAGCUGAUGCCUUCCACCGGCAAGACGCAGCAGCAGCAGCAGCAGCAGCAGCAGCAGCAGCAGCAGCAGAGAUAACAACUCCUGCAAAUCUAACGACAGCGACAAACCUCUCUGAAGAUGAGGGCUCAGAUAUAUCUGACGGUGUGGGGGGCCUUGUAUACAGCAGCUCGCAGCAGCGCGAGCUGCAGCAGCAGCAGCAGCAGCAGCAGCAUGUUGUGUCUCCUAGCACACAUUCUUCCUCCGUGUCCCGCCUCACUCGCAUAACUGCGCGGCGCGAAGAGAUAGACGCCGAGCAUUUGGCGGUUUUGCUGCGGAGACAGCUGCUGGGUCGUUUCUUAUUUAAAAACAAAGCAGCAGCAGCAGCUGCUGCUGCUGUGCUGCUGCUGCUCGCUGCUGCUGCUGCAGUUCUGCUGCUCCUUGCAGCAGCAGGCUUCAUCUUUCAUACAGAGGAACCGACGCAACUCCCCGUCUCGGUCGCCCCGGACGUCCCCCCGCCUACAGCGGAACCCUCCCCUGAGCUUGCUGCGCUGCGGCGGGAGUUGGCUGCACAGCGCGUCGCAAUGCAGCAGCAGCAGCAGCAGCACGCUCAGCAGCAGCAGCUGCUGCAGCAGCAGCUUGACCAGUUGUUGCAGCAGCAAAAGCAGCAGCAGCUGCAGCAGCAGCAGCUAAUCAGCGGCGAUCCAGACGUGGCAGCAGCAGCUGCUGCUGCUGCAGCAGCAGCACAAGCAGCAGCAGCAGAACGGGAGGCACUAGCCGAAGAAGUAGCGGCAGCAAAGCAACACGUCGCUGAGCUGGAGGCUAAGAACGUCGACUUCGCGCUGCAGCUGCAGCAGCUGCAGCAGCAGCUCAGCAGCACGGGUGCUGUCUCAGCAGCAAACCCUGAACCCUGCCCCUCCUAA